AUGGAUCGAAACCACCUACUGAUAGUCUCAGAAAAUGCUAGGGCGUCCCCCGUAUGCGACGCGCACCGUCAGCCAUGGGACGGUGUGAGAAAUAUGCAACUGGUACUGUCGAGUUGGAGAGAGGAGAUGUGCCACUUGAAACAUCGGCACGAUGACUGGAAGAAGCAGGGAGAUAGCAGAGACCAUGAAGCAGAGAAAAGUGAAAUACACUGUGUGCAAGAAGUAAGGUGGAGGGAAGGCGGAGUAAGGGAGAUCGGAGAAGGUUAUAAGCUGUACUACUCCGGAAGCAGAACAGGAAGAAACGGCGUUUGUAUCAUCCUCGAUGAAGAGCUCAAGCAAAGGGUGGCGGAAGUCCAAAGGCCCUCAGACAGGUUGAUGACAAUUAAGGUGCUAGCAGGAAAGAGUCUGAUCAACAUCGUAAAUGGUUAUGCUCCACAGAUUGGCUGUGAAGAUCAGGAGAAGGAAGAGUUCAGAGAACAACUUGAACAGAGUGUUAGAGAGAUCCUUGAGGAAGAAGAAAUCAUCCUAGGAGCUGAUCUGAACUGUCAUGUAGGAGAAACAGCAGGAGGUUAUGAAGCCUGUCAUGGCGGUUUUGGAUAUGACCUGAGAAACGAAGAAGGAGACAUUGGAGAGCUUGGAACUGGUCUUGGUAAACACAGGAUUCAAGGAGGGAGAUGA